AUGGCCGACGUCAAAAAGCCGAUCCAUUCCGUCACUUAUUCUCCCAACGAAAUUUCGCUCACAGCCACGAGUGCAAGCGAAUUCAAUCAUGUUUCCUCUCGCGAGGUGCUGGUCGAAAUUCUUGCAGUGGCCUUGGAUGAAUGGGACUUGCAUUUGAUCUGUUCAAUGGGCGCCUCUUCACGAACCAUCAUCAAUCCUCACCUCAAUCCAACUCGACUCCAACAUCCACAGAAUUCGCGAAAUUCGAUCGUUCCUGGGAGAAGCUUUUUUGGAAAGGUUCUCGAGAUCGGAAAGGCGGUCAAGAAACUCAAGAGGGGAGAAUUGGUUUACGGAUUGCAGGAGCUAUCGAAGUCGGGGGCACUAUCCGGACGGAUGAAGAUUUCAUCUGAUUUUGUAGCUAGGGCUCCCGCGAUUCUGGGAAAAUAUCGGAAAGGGUGCUCCAACGGAUCUAAUAGCGGAAGCUCUUCAGCUACGAUGGACAACCAACAUCCCAGAUCGGACCACUGGGCUCCUGCCCCACUGAGCUCGAUCGAAAUCGCCAGUUUACCACUCUUGGCCGUUCCUGCUGCAUUGAUUGCAAGCACAGUCUGUGUAGGGAUGCCUAAGGGCUCAAAGAUGUUGAUCCUGAAUGGACAUAAAGGGAUCGGACGGAUGAUUGUUCAACUGAUGCGAUACUUUCGGCCGAGUAGAGACCUUUGGAUUAGUGUACACGUGCCAUGUACAGCUACGGGCAAUCUGGUUGAAUUAGAAGAGCUCGUAGAACAACUAGAAGAAGAAGGUGCCACAGAAGUGAUCACCUCCGAGAGUGUGCUUGGACUUCUACACGCUCAACAUGAAUCAUCUUUCGAUGUUGUGCUUGACACGAUUGGAGGCCAAAGAAUCUACGAUGGUUCGAGACGUCUUCUCCAUCAUUCUGGAAUGUUUGUCACGACGAUCGGCCCAGCCUCGACGACCUCAUUGAGCAAGAGCCGAUUUUUCAGGCUUCGAUCCCUCAAGAGACACUUCUUCAAAAAAGAUUCCAAGAGGAUAAGAUACUGGCAAGUUACACCCGCCGAUGGUUUUGACGGUGCUCAUCCGGAAGAAAUACGAACGGUUCUCGAAACUAUAUCCGAAUGGCUGUCCGAAACCGAGGAACCACAGCAGCCUCUCUGGGAUGAUUUUAAUUGCCCUGGCGGUGUUUGUUGGCCGGUGAUAGGCAAUGUGGUCGAGCGGCUUGAUCAAUCUCUGGAAAUUUUUCAAGAGUCUUUGGCGGUGACCAGGCCUGGCUCAAAUGCAAUACCAGAACCUGUAGACUUUUACGAAGACUCGAGGCUUCUGAUAUUUGGCAGUGUGGCGGUCGUUUCAAUGAUCAAUUAUGAUAAAUAG